CCCAGACCCAGCCAGCCGCCACUUGGGGAAAAGUCACGGGAGACAAAGGAGCCAACGACUGCCGUCAGGAAAAAGGGACACAGCCCUCAAAGCCACCCACGGAGAGAGAGAGAGAGAAAGAGGAGCCACUCAAGGCUUGUUUGCUCAAGACAACGUUGUCGCGUAUCGUCGCGCAGGCACGAGACGAGACAAUCUGGCACCGCUGCGGUUUCGCUCCAAUCUGGACGCGUGUGUUUCUGUCGUUUCUGACAUCGACUGUGGAAGUUUGCCAGCCUGCUGAUGGAACAAAAAGCCAAAAAACUCUAAGAUGGAAGACGGUCAACGCCAAAUCGCAUAGAGGAUGGAGACAGUUGUCACUGUGGCGGACCGCUUCUGUUUUUUCCAGUUUUACCAUCCAAGACAGACUGUGUAUCCAAAUUAAGGCUCGACCCCCCCCCCUUCAAUCAACCCAAAACACAAAAGGUCCUCUUGUCCAAGCGGCUGAGUGGUCACCAUGGCGAUGGUUGUCAUGAUGCAGACGUAGCCACCUGAAGGCGUGCGGCGAACGACGCGGGAUGGGCAGCGCUCCGUAUCCGGGUGGCGAGUGGAAGGGGAAGAGCAAGGGGGGCCUUCAGGAGCUGGGUUGCAUGCCCUGGAAGGUCAGCAAGCAGAAAUGCCCCGGCGGGGUCGCCAGAGCGCCGGAGCGCAAGUGCGGGGAAGCGCACCAGGAUAUUCCCACCUUCUCCUGCACGCUCACCACGCCGCAGCUUCCUCGAGCCUCAGCCACACGUGCGACCAUUUACCACGAGAAGCAGCGGCGGGAGCUGUGCGCCCUGCACGCGCUCAAUAACGUCUUUCAGGACGGCUCAGCCUUCAGCAGGGACGCCUUGCAGGAGAUCUACCAGAGGCUUUCCCCCAGCACUCUGGUGACGCCUCACAAGAAGGGCAUGCUGGGAAACGGGAACUACGACGUGAACGUCAUCAUGGCCGCCCUGCAGACGCGGGGCUUUGAGGCAGUUUGGUGGGAUAAAAGGAGGGACGUCGGCAGCAUCGAGCUGGCCAACGUGACCGGCUUCAUUCUCAAUGUUCCGUCCAAUUUGCGCUGGGGGCCUCUGCAGCUGCCGCUCAAACGCCAGCACUGGAUCGGGGUCCGGGAGGUGGCGGGCGUCUACUACAACCUGGACUCCAAACUGCGUGGCCCUCAACCCAUCGGGAGUCCAGAUGAGCUCAGGAAGUUCCUCCGCCAGCAGCUGCGAGGGAAGAACUGUGAACUUCUGUUGGUGGUGUCGGAGGAAGUGGAGGCGCGACAAACGUGGCGGUCCGACAGCUGAGAACGCCCCGGGCAGCCAAUCGCAGCCGGGCUUUUCCCCUGCCGUUGAGAUUUAUUCACUGGUGGAUUUAUUUUAUUUUCUUUUCCCUCCUUUGGCGUUUACACGAUCAAUUGCUGAACUCUAGCGAACGGAUUCCAAAGCGGUGACGAAAGCAAACACUUUCCAGGGAGGACCAGUGAAUGACAGCUCUUGACUUCAAAGAAGACACUGUUCAGUUUCUGCUUUUUCUUUUUCUUGUUUUCUACAACUUGACUUAUUUUUCACUCAGUUGCGAUCUGCUGGUUUAUAUAUAUAAUUUUUUUUCCUUUUUUUACGGUUCACAUCCUCAAAGUCCCGGAGUACUCUUGAAAUGUUGUCUCGCCCUUUGCCGAGGGGAGCAUUUCUUCGCCGUUCCUUCAGUUUCACCAAAGCGUGCUCUCGUUCACCCCCGACAAUGUCUGACUCUUCGUUUGCCAUUGCUUUGCCGCAACACUUUUUGUACUGCAUACGACGAGAGUGCGUCUCGCAGACUGUACACUUUGUGCAGACGCAGGACUACUGAGGUGGCAACAAAAUGCAAGACCCACCAGAUACUAGCGAGUAUUUUGGGUAGUGCAUCCUAUUGUAUUUUUGAUGCUACAGCAGUACUACAGUAUCAUGAGAACAUCACUAUGGAAAGCUGCUUGAGCAAAUGUUGGAUAUCCUUAAUCUCCAGGUUAAAGGUCAGUCUACUAGAAUGCCGUGUCCUCACUAGCAUGACAAUUCAGCACACUAGUACAACGACUAUCUUAGUAGUAGUAAUGUUUUUUUUUUUCCACUGCUGUAUGACUUUUCUGCAAACAUUAGCAACUACAUGUUACUAACGAAGCACAACUGUGAACUAGUUAACAUCUGUGUGCUACUAGUAAUAUUAGUGAAGUUGCUAGACAUUAACUAGUAGAUUUUUUUGUCACUUGUAGUACUAAUAGUACACAGCUGUCAAAUAGUGCACAAUUUUGCCCCACUAAUACAAUGACUAUCUUAGUAGUAGUAGUCGUGUUUUUUCCCACUGCUGUAUGACCUCCGACAAACAUUUGAGGUAACUUUGACAAGACUAGCAGUACAACUGCAUGUUACUAACUAAGCACAACUGUGAACUCGUUGACAUUUGUGUGCUACUAGUUAUACUAGUGAAGUGCUAGACAUUAACUAGUAGAUUUUUUUGUCCCUUGUAGAACUAAUAGUACACAGCUGUCAAGUAGUGCACACUUUUGCCCCACGAGUAACAUGUAGUUUCGAUACUAGUAUGCCAUUGUUUCUCUGCUAGCGUGUACUAGUACUCUGAACUUCUGUUGGAUAUCAAGGACAAAAAAAAUUAUUGAAAUGGUUUUCUGGAAAGCCAUUUGCAUCUAUUUGAUACCCUUGAUAAGAAGGUUGCUCGUCAACGAUACGUAUCUACUAUAUAGUAUUUUAAAUAAGUUGACGGUUUAAUUGCAUAAUAGUAGCCCAAAUGUGACACUAAUACGUUCUACUAAUGUGAAUAAUUGGUUUACUGGUGAGGACAGCGUACGGUAUUACAGUAGUACAUGUGCAGUACCUUAAGCUAGAUAUCAAGGAUAUUGAGUAAAUGCUGUAGCGCCUUCCUGUAUAUCACAGUAUUUCACAAAUUCCAAAAACUGCAGAACCAUGUUUGCACACUUCCAUUUCAUGCAAAAAAAAAAAAAAACUAUCCAGUGUAGAGUUUUUGUAUCACCUUUUUUUCCCCCCGUAUGUUUUUUUUUUUUUUUUUGCAGUUGCGACGUAUGCAGUACCACAGUGGAAAGCCACAUUUGGCGCUCGUAGCUUUAGUUCACCGUUCAAAGUGGCAGGGACUUAAAUUCAGGAAGUCGGUCUCUGAGCAGCUGGCGAGGCAGCAGCCGGUGCAUUGAUAAAUUCAUAUUUACGCGGGUGCAUCCCCCCCUACGUUAACACUUUUAGCGGCUGUACUUGUUGGACGACAGCACAGUUUUGUGUAUCUGCUUGCAUUUGCUUUUGUUUUCUCACCAAUCCACCGUUGUCAUCCGAAUGUCACGUGUUCCUUGUUUUAAAGCGGCACAGAUAAAAUUGUAAUUAAUUCAAACUACGCCAAAAUGCAGAGGGGGGGGACUUCUCUUUUGAUUUAUGAAUGCACUGUCUCGUAUUUAAACAGAGCAUUGUAUUCAUUUAAUUGCCAUACAGCGACGCAGCAAAGGACCGCGUCGGUCCGAAUGAAGCUCCUCAAUUCACCUCGGCAGUUCCAUGGCGCCAAAACACCAACCGAUGCGCCAAAGCAUUGUUUUUUAUUCCUUUGGCCUAAGCAUGUAAACAGUGGAUGGGUUUAAAAAUAAAAAUGCAGGAGGGGGUGAAUUUAUGAAAGAUUAACUGACUCAAAAAUUGAGGAUGAUUGUUUAGUGUUUUUUGUAUACAAUCUACCAUUUCUUACCAAACCUCAUAUGUUUUUUUUACUCAACUGUGAAGUUUUACAACACUUCUCAGACAGUUAAUUGAUCUCUUUUUCUCAAAAUAUUUUCAACAAUUUUAAUGGGGGCAGAACAAUUAUAUCCAUUUGUAAAAAAUAAAAAAAUAGGAAAUGGACUAUAUUUGGACAUGUUUCCGCCUGACAGCGGAAAAUAGGAAAUUGACCAUACUUGGACGUGUUUCCGCCUGACAGCGAUGGCAUGCUGUUUGAGAAUUUUUGUUGUUGUUGUCCUACUUCAGAACUAAGGCUUAUUUUGUGUUACACAGUCAAAAGUGUCAGGACAAGCAAAUAAAGAUGAUUAUUUAUGAAUAACUGUUGAAGAUGGAAGUCAUCUGAUGACUUUGUCGUUCCAUGAUGAAACAGAAUUGCUGAUGCGUCAGCACGCUUGCCAACUUGUAGCUGCUCUCGAAGCUCCUCAGAGAAUGUUUGUUUUCAUUUGCUCGAACAAUGCGGAGGGGGUGACCGUUUAAAAAAAAAAAAAAAGUGCCAUGUGGAUGUUUUGUGAAAUGAGCCUUAUGAGAGAUUUGUCGUCGUAGCUCUGAGAUGAUUGAGCUGAAAUGUAUUGCCUUCGGGACAAUAUUGGCCUUAACUUGUUUACAGGCAGUUCCACGCGUGUAUUCCAAAGCGCCGUCAAAGUUGUCUUCGCUCUCGCUGCCAAGGAUUUUUUUGUCAUAUACAAUGCUUAUCAUUUGUAAACGGUGAUUGUUUACCUGUCCUGAUCCAAUGCCAUGUCAUAUGUUUCUUUCUUUGCCACAGCAAUCAAUAUCACAGCGUCCAGUUUUAACAAAAAAAAACUACAUCACUUUUUUUUUUCCUGUGUAAAUUUCAAAUGCUUAUAAUUGCACUUUAUGUCAAAGCUGCAGUGCGAGUGUAUUAAAUGGGCCAUUGC